AUGGCCUGUGCCCGACCUCUGAUCUCGGUAUAUUCCGAGAAAGGAGAAUCUUCUGGCAAAAAUGUAGUGAUGCCUGCUGUGUUCAAGGCACCCAUCCGCCCCGACGUGGUCAACUUUGUGCACACAAACAUGCGCAAAAACGGCCGCCAGCCUUACGCUGUGAGCGAGCUCGCAGGUCACCAGACCAGUGCUGAGUCCUGGGGAACUGGAAGAGCUGUGGCCCGUAUCCCGCGUGUGAGAGGAGGUGGUACUCACCGCUCUGGUCAGGGAGCCUUCGGAAAUAUGUGUCGUGGAGGACGCAUGUUUGCUCCCACUAAGACCUGGCGUCGCUGGCACCGUAGAAUCAACACCACCCAGAAGCGUUAUGCCAUCUGCUCUGCUCUGGCUGCCUCCGCCAUCCCAGCACUUGUCAUGUCCAAAGGACAUCGUAUUGAGGAGAUCCCAGAAGUUCCCCUGGUCGUUGACGACAAAGUUGAGGGUUACAAGAAGACAAAGGAGGCUGUGCUGCUCUUGAAAAAGAUCAAAGCCUGGAAUGAUAUCAAGAAGGUGUACGCCUCCCAGCGCAUGCGAGCCGGAAAGGGUAAAAUGAGGAAUCGCAGACGCAUCCAACGUAGAGGACCGUGUUUAAUCUACAACCAGGACGCCGGAGUCACAAAAGCCUUCAGAAAUAUCCCAGGCAUCACGCUGCAGAACGUGAACAAACUGAACCUCCUGAGGAUCGCUCCUGGAGGUCACGUUGGUCGCUUCUGCAUCUGGACCGAGAGCGCCUUCCGCAAACUGGACGAGCUCUACGGCACCUGGCGCAAACCCUCCACGCAGAAGGUGGACUACAACCUCCCAAUGCACAAGAUGACCAACACAGACUUGAGCAGAAUCCUGAAGAGUGAAGAGAUCCAGAAAGCCCUUCGUGCCCCAAACAAGAAGAUCAAUCGCAGAGUCCUGAAGAAGAAUCCUCUGAAGAACCUGAGGAUAAUGCUGAAGCUAAACCCGUACGCCAAGACAGCCAGACGUCAUGCUAUUCUCAAGCACGACCCGACGAUCAAGGCAAAGAUGCUGAAGCCCAAAAAGAAGAGGGUGCUGAAGAAGGGGAAAGCAAAACCCACAGCAUAA